CCCGCGAACCUAAACCGACGCGUUUCCGCACUCGCCACAAGCGCACGUGAAACCGGUCUGCGGGUGCCUCCGCUGCUGAACUCAUGAUUUUUACUUCUCGCCGCCGCUUCGUCUUUCCCGGUGCGUGUGGACGACGCGUUGUCGCCGUUGCGAAGCGCAAGCUGUCAUGACCUGAAGUCCGCAUAGGCACGGCAUGCCCACGUAGGAUCACUACUAUGACGGCCAAAACGGCUAAGAAAAAGGCUGACGCCUCGUCCACGGAGUCCGGCGACCGUCGAAAGUCUGCGGCGGGCUACUUCGACGAACUUGCACGCAAUCACCUCAGAACUGUCUUCCUCGUGAUCGUGUUGCUGUCUCUGGGCACGCGCCUUUACAAGAUCACCGAACCCGACCAUGUCUGUUGGGAUGAAACCCACUUUGGCAAGAUGGGCAGCUGGUACAUCAAUCGCACAUUCUUCUUUGACGUUCACCCUCCCUUGGGCAAGAUGCUCAUUGCACUUGCCGGCAAGCUGACUGGGUACAAUGGAACGUUUCCUUUUGGGAAGCCGGGAGAUAAGUACGAGGACCACAACUAUGCGGGAAUGCGCAUUUUCUGUGCCUUGCUGGGGAGCAUGGUUCCACCCUUCUGUUUUGUGAUUGUGUGGGAGCUCUCGCAUUCCCUGCCUGCUGCCGUCCUAGCCUCGUCGUUGGUCAUCUUCGAUGUCGGGCUGGUGACGCUGUCUCAGUACAUUCUCCUGGACCCCAUCCUCAUGUUUUUCAUCGUCGGCGCCUUCAUGAGCAUCGUUGUGUUCAAGGCACAGUCAAACAGGCCAUUUACUAAAAUGUGGUGGACUUGGCUAGUGGUGUCUGGUGUUUUCCUGUCUUGUGCAAUAAGUGUGAAGUUUGUUGGCCUCUUCGUCAUUCUUCUCGUUGGUUUCUACACAGCCUACGACUUAUGGGAGCUUCUCGGAGAUUUAGAAAAGCCUCUGGUUCUGGUGGGAAAGCACUUUGUGAGCAGAGCCCUGUGCCUGAUUCUGCUUCCCAUGUGUCUGUACAUGCUGUACUUCUAUGUGCACCUGCAUGUGCUGUACAAGAGUGGCAGCGGAGACGGCUUCUUCAGUUCCGAGUUCCAAUCUAGGCUAAAAGGCAACUCUCUGUACAAAGCUAGCAUGCCUAGAGAGGUGGCGUAUGGUGCUCAGAUCACACUGAAGAACCACCGCACGGGGGGCGCCUAUCUCCACUCGCAUUGGCACCUGUAUCCAGAAGGGCUGGGAGCCAGGCAGCAGCAGGUGACGACCUACUCUCACAAGGACGACAACAACAACUGGAUCAUCAAGAAGUAUGACCAGGAACCCAAUCCUAAGAACAAAACGGUUGAGCUGGUUCGCAACGGCGACCUGAUACGUCUUGAGCAUGUGGUCACAACUCGCAACCUUCACUCCCACAAGGAGCCUGCGCCAGUGACGAAGCGACACUACCAGGUCACCUGCUACGGGGAG